AUGCCAAAUGGCAGAAAUAGACAGUUGUUUGGAAACUUGAUCAGAUCAGACGGUUUCAGUGUUGAUUUUUUGUUCUACAAAAGACGAAAUGAUCAAAAUGAUAUGGCUGUCAAAGUUAACCAAAUACACCUCAAAGUCGAUGACUUUAAGAUUACCGAUUUAGAUCGCGAUGUUCGACGAUGCACAGCCAAGGAAUACUAUCAUUUGACAGGUUCAGCAAGAUUCAGUUCUGAAUUGAACAGACUAAAAAAUGAGCGUGGCAUUAACAUCAUAGAAAGCUCUAUACCAACCAACAAGACUUCUGACUCAGAAAAGUACUUGCAGCAUGCCACUUAUAUUUUCAAUAAUUUAGAUACUCUGUUCGAGUUUUAUAACGCUGCUACGGCAAAGGACCGUUUCUUCUUGUACCAAGGAAAGCAAAGGGCGCCAGAGCUAAUGUACAACAGAAGUUUAAGAAGCAAAAAGAAGAAGAAAGCAAAAAACAAAAAGAAGAAGAAGAAAAAGGGGGACCAAGAAGAAAAGAAAGGAAAAGAAGUUAAAAAGAAAUGUAUUCCAAGGUAUUUGUAG